CCAAGCUCACAUUUCACCGAAAUCCUGAGAGCGGCAGGCCGCCAUUAUUCCUCCUUUCCUACCACCUUACUCAAUCGCUCUUUACAUUCUUUUUUGGGCUGUUCAAGCAAAGUCACAAUGAAGUCUUCCGUCUCUACUGCCACGCUGCCGUCUAAGGAGCCCACAAAACGGACCUUUACUGUUCAAGCGGAGGAGAAGGAGGGCGCCGACAUGCACACCGAGUCUAUCAGUACCGAUAAUGACCAAGAUAGCUUUUUCUGGACCUAUACCGAGGAGCCCCAUCGAACACGCCGAAUGGCAAUCAUCAAGGCGCAUCCAGAGGUAACCAAGCUCUGCGGUCCCGAAUCGCUCACUAAAUACGUUGUCACCUUCGUCGUUGCCCUUCAAGUCCUCUGCGCCUACCUCCUUCGCGAUUCAGCCGUACUGUCAUGGCCGUUCUUUCUCACAGCUUACAUCAUUGGUGCCACUGCGAACCAGAACCUCUUCUUGGCUAUCCAUGAAAUCUCGCACAACCUGGCAUUCAAGAGUCCAUUGGCGAACAGGGUGUUUGCCGUUUUUGCAAACCUACCGAUUGGAAUCCCAUACAGCGCUUCAUUCAGGCCAUACCACCUGACGCAUCAUAAAUCGCUGGGCGUGAACGGUCUCGAUACCGACCUACCCACCACCUUCGAAGCGCUGUUUCUCGACUCCGUUUUGGGCAAAGCAUUUUUCGCGACCUUUCAAAUCCUCUUCUACGCCCUACGCCCUAUGUUCAUCUACAGCCUGCCAAUGACCAAGAUCCACCUUUUCAACGUAGUCGUCCAACUCGCAUUCGACUAUGCCCUAGUCCAGCUCGCUGGAGGCAAAGCACUCGCAUACCUGAUCCUCAGCAGCUUCCUCGCUGGCAGCCUGCACCCCUGCGCCGGCCACUUCAUCGCCGAGCACUACGUCUUCGAGAAACCCGCCGUGGAUGCGCUCAACCCUGCAAACAAAAUCCCCAUCCCGGAGACGUACUCGUACUACGGUAUUCUCAAUUUCUUCACAUACAACGUCGGCUUGCACAACGAGCACCACGAUUUCCCCGCCGUGCCCUGGACUCGCCUGCCCAAGCUCAACCGCAUCGCUCACGAGUUCUACGACGAUUUGCCCAUCCACACGAGCUGGGUCAAUGUCAUUUGGCAGUUCGUCUGGGAUAAAGACGUUAGUCUCUGGUGCCGUGUCAAGCGAGAGGAAGGCGGCAGGAAGGUUGGAGCAGGUGCUAGUGGAUGGAACGAAGAAGAGUUGGGCGCCAACGAGAAGAAGGGUCCUAUCCCUGGUGUUCGGUAGAUGUCGCGUUUCAUGCUGUAAUCAUGAUUC